GCCCAGCCGCCCCACGCAGGCUCUGCCGCCGCCGGGGCAAGGCGAGGGGGCUGCCGCCUGCGGGGGCUGCUGCCUGCGCGGCUCCUCUGCACGCAGCGACACGGGCUGCUCUUCCUCUCCCCCACACCCCAUCCGCCCUAUGCCGCUAUCUUCUCCUCCUCCUCUCCGACUGCACAAAGAGCAACAGCGAAGGCCCUGGUUUGCCUUUAAAGGCAACGGCUGGAAAUUUAAGGUGUCCUGGAGCCAUGUCUCUUUGCAGUGCUCCCCGCCACACUCCGUGGAUAAAUGGCUGUUGCAGCUCGUCACCUUGUAGGUCUUGGGCGGUUGGGUUGCCGUUAAUUGCUCUUGGGUUUGUUUUGGGAUCAGGGCCCAGGUUGCCUUUUGGAAAUUGGCCCCAGUGCUCUGGGAACUAUUAUUUCUUUCAUUACCCCCGUGUUAAAUGAGGUUGACUGAUUGGCGGAGGAGCUGAUCCCGUUGCUCUGGGGUGGGAAAGGCCAGCAGUCUGUGGGAGAGAACCAUGUCUGUUCGGGAGUCAUUUAACCCAGAAAGUUACGAACUGGACAAGAGCUUCCGUCUGACCCGAUUCACUGAACUGAAAGGCACAGGCUGCAAAGUGCCUCAAGAUGUCUUACAGAAACUGCUCGAGUCUCUACAAGAAAACCAUUUUCAGGAAGAUGAACAGUUCCUGGGGGCAGUUAUGCCCCGGCUGGGAAUUGGGAUGGACACUUGCGUUAUUCCAUUAAGACAUGGAGGUUUGUCGUUGGUCCAGACGACAGAUUAUAUUUAUCCUAUUGUGGAUGAUCCUUAUAUGAUGGGACGGAUAGCAUGUGCCAAUGUCCUAAGUGACCUUUAUGCCAUGGGGGUCACAGAAUGCGACAACAUGUUGAUGCUCCUUGGAAUCAGCAAUAAAAUGACAGAUAGGGAAAGAGACAAAGUGAUGCCUCUAAUUAUCCAGGGUUUCAAAGAUGCAGCAGAAGAGGCAGGAACAUCUGUUACUGGUGGCCAAACAGUGUUAAAUCCCUGGAUUGUUUUAGGAGGAGUGGCCACGACAGUCUGUCAGCCUAAUGAAUUUAUAAUGCCAGACAAUGCAGUGCCAGGAGAUGUGCUUGUAUUAACUAAACCCUUGGGAACACAAGUGGCUGUAGCUGUUCACCAGUGGCUAGAUAUUCCAGAAAAGUGGAACAAAAUCAAACUAGUGGUAACACAGGAAGAUGUAGAACUAGCAUACCAGGAAGCAAUGAUGAAUAUGGCACGACUGAACAGAACAGCUGCUGGACUCAUGCACACUUUCAAUGCACAUGCAGCUACAGACAUCACAGGAUUUGGAAUCCUGGGCCAUGCACAAAACCUUGCCAAGCAGCAGCGAAAUGAGGUGUCCUUUGUUAUUCACAACCUUCCUGUCCUUGCUAAGAUGGCUGCUGUCAGUAAGGCUUGUGGCAAUAUGUUUGGCCUCAUGCACGGGACUUGUCCGGAGACUUCAGGAGGCCUCCUCAUCUGUUUACCACGAGAACAGGCAGCACGUUUCUGUGCCGAGAUCAAGUCUCCAAAAUACGGCGAGGGCCACCAAGCGUGGAUUAUCGGCAUCGUGGAGAAGGGCAACCGCACGGCCAGGAUCAUCGACAAGCCCCGGAUCAUUGAAGUCGCGCCACAAGUGGCCACUCAGAACGUGAACCCGACGCCUGGUGCCACCUCUUAAUAGAGAUGAAAUAGCUGCUUGUUUUUAAAUAGAUCUAUUCCUUUAUCAUCCUACAACUUAAAGAACUGUAAAAAAAAGAAAACUUGUGUCUGCACAUCUGGUGGCCUUAGGUCAGUUUAUGAGUGGAUACAAUUAAUAAAAUAAAAUCCAUUGCCUUUUUUUCCUGUUACAUUAACUGAAGAUGCACCUAAUCUUGAGGCAGCUUCUGAGUUGAGAAUUAUAUUGUUAUCCAAUACUGUUGAUUCAUUUUGAAUCUUUAGACACUUAUCUCUUGCCGCAUAGGCUCUUUUUAAAGGUGCUUUCACGUAGCACAGACAUUACCAGUAGUAGUGUCGAAUAGCAGUUUGUGUCCUUUCAUUAUAUGUAUAUUUAUCAUAAGUCUCAUUUCGAUGCCUUGAGUGAUAUUCCGGGAAGGCAAUAAAUCGGUAAGCGACACAGUGGCUAUACCCAGUAGUAAGAGGGUUGCAUGAUUACAUUCAAUCUUUUGGUUUUAUUUUUGGGGUUUUUUUUUUGUGUUUUAUUUUGUUUUCAAGGUUUAGUCUUACCAAGAGCAUCUCCGACCCUGGCCAUUGCUUGGUAGAGCACUCUGUUUAAACAAGCGAGCGCUGACUCUGCAUGGAAAGCGCUUUGGAGUCCAAGGAGUCGGAUUUGAUUUCAUUCUUUGUAGACCUGAUGAAUAUUUACUGUAUUAUCAAUGAUCAUUUUCUUUAUUGAUAGGAAAGGAAAAAGAAUCCUUCUCUUUGUUUUUUUUCCUCUUGCAAUGUGAUUGGAUGUGCUAUAGUGCAACAAAGGUUUCGCAGACCAAAAGGAGGUUCCUGUAUAAUAGUCAUUUACGAGUCACUAUAUAAAUAACUACACAGAUAAUUUUUAAAUAUAAUCAAACUAAAAUAAACCUCUGUUCUGUGGAUGGUAGUGUUUAAUACAUUUUCUAUUUUGUAUAGUGAUUACAAGCCUUUUUGUUUUGUUUCUUUAAAAUCAGCAGCUGUUUAGUCUAAUUCUUAGUAUUAUUUUGUUCUUUGCUCCCAUACCUUUUUCUGCACGCUUUUGUGAUCUGUGUUUAAAAAUCUACAUUGCCAACAUUGCAGCUUGAACUUAAGCUUGUUAUUCAAAAUAAAUAUUUAAUUUUUUUUAUUGCUCUUGUAUAAGUGCAUGAACUUUGUUGAUUCCAAGCUGAAUUGCACACUGGAAAGAGGAGAAAUCCUCCGUUAUUUUUUUCCCUUUUGUUUUGAUGGUAGUUAUUACUCUUUUGCUUGGUUCUGCAAGCUGUGAUGUCCAGUGGUAAUCUAGAGUAUCUCCUCCUGCGUGCCAAAGUUUGGGGCAAGAAGGUUAUCUCCAAGUGUAUUAUCCACUUUAUUUUGUUUAUUUUACUUAUCAGCACAAAGUAUGCUAUGGCUUGGGAUUGUUUCCUCUGGGAGCCGUGCCGGUGCUGGCACAAGGGAUGCUGCACCCUGACUGCCAUCUCCGCUCUGCCCAGACACACCACGAGCUCCUGGUGCUGCUCAGGACUGAGUGUGCUUCGCUGGAACAACUCUCCUUAGGCUUUUCUCAGAUUGUGAAUUCACUCCUUGACGUUCAGACCAGGAAGAAGAAAACCUUGGAUAAUCAUUACAGCUGCCAGCACAAAUCACAAGGGCUUCUACGAGAGAGGAACCCGUCUUGUGCAUCAGACAAGGUUGAAGUUUCCAGUCUUGCUCCUAGUGACAACGGACAACGCUUGGCUCUUUUUUUUUGCCACUCGAAAGUGUUCUCAACAGCCACCGUUUGCAAAGCUAGGGAUUUUUCUUUUCCUCCCUUGUAGCUUAAACUGCGCCGAACCUCACGCUGCUUUUCCUGGAGAAGUCUGCAAGGUGCAUGUUCUCCAUGCAACCUCAAAGC